AUGUCCCAUCUCUCUUUUGCAGGCGCCCCAGCAGGACCUGCACCCAGGGAUCCACUGAUGGAUUGUCUUCAUGGCCAUCAGACAGAAGAUGAAGGCUUGACUUUUGAGCAAACAGCUGCAGCCAAGUAUCAGAGGAUGCAGGACGGGCAGAGGAAGGCUGCUGACAGACAGCAAAAGGCUGAAGAAUCACGCUUAAGAAAAUCACCCAAAACUGAAGCUCCGCCAGGCCUCACUGCAGCUAUUCAUGAGUGGGCCAGGGCACUACUGGGCCUCCCCCGCCAGUCCACUUCCCCCUCCUCCUCUCAAGUUGAUGUCAGUCAAAUCACCAAGCACCACCUGCCAGCACCAGCCAAAAUUACUGAAGUGGAAGCCUGGAAUUCUCACAACAAGAAUCGUGAGGAUUUUAUAGAGUACGAAAUCAAACAAAAGAUGGCUCAGAAGCUUGCCACCAACCCUAAAGCAUCCAAUACUUACAAAGCAGAGCUCAAGAAAAUAGUCACCAAGGAGGUAGUUGCGGAAUGGGUAGGUCUUUGCAAAAGACAGUUGUACGGACUAAGGAGGGGAUGA